AUGGCGAAGCAAUCGUGGACGAUACACAAAAGACAAUAUAUAUUUGAAAGGUAUCUGGGCAAUGGUUCGUUCGGUUUCGUUUAUGCAGCUCAUCGACAACCGGAUAAUCGACUAGUGGCUGUGAAGGUUGUAUCUUUGAAUUCGGAGAAUCCUGACCGAGCGCGUCGAAAUUCUGAAUCUGUUGUCAAUGAAUUUCAAAAAGCAAGAGAAUUAACGAAAACGACAGAUCAUAUCGUACGUAUGUUUGAUGUUGAUUUUGAUCCUCAACUAGGUGUCGCGUAUUUGGUUAUGGAACUUGGCCAACAAGAUUUCGAAAAAUAUCUCGCACAACGGCCUUACCUUUUGCCAGCAACGAGAAAACAUAUUUGGCGACAGUUAAUGGAAAUUGCCGUCACUCUUCAUCGUGCACAAAUCGUGCAUCGAGAUAUUAAACCAUUAAAUCUCAUUAUGUUUCCCGGUGAUGUGAUCAAACUAGGCGAUCUUGGAAUUGCUAAACGUGUCCUACAAAUAACUGAACGAACUGGUAGUCGGCCAUACUCAGCACCUGAAGUCACAUCUGCUCAAGGAUCUACGGUGUUGACCACAAAGACAGAUGUUUGGUCUUAUGGUGCGGUACUCUAUCGUAUGACAUACAUGGCUCGUCCUCCACUUGAUGAACCAUAUCAUCGUCCUCCUGUGGAUCGGCGUAUGUCGCACGAUCCAAAUCUUCUAGAUGUUCUUCGACAUACACUCGUGAAGACUCCCGAAGAUCGAGCUAGUGUUGCAUGGUUAGCCAAGCAUACGUAUACAACAACAAAUUAG